AUGGAUGAAAAUGGGCAUCCCUGUUCGAUCUGGUCAUGCUGCUUAAACUGCUGUUACCUGACUUGCCACAGCAGAAGGGAAGAACGCUGCUUGUGUUGGUGCUUCUCAUUUACCAGUGAGCAGAACUGCAGCUGUUUCCCAUGUCCGUAUGAAGAAGACAAACUUUCCCAGUGCUGCCACUGCUCGUGUGCAGAGCAUGCAAACUGCUGGCGGUGCUGCUGCUCUUGUUCAAAUGACCCAGACUGCAAAUGCUGCUGCUGCAGUGAGAGAAUUCAGCUUCUCAGUAUUAUGGAAAGCAAGUACUGCAGAAGUUCUGUCGAUGAACCACAUCACUCAAGAACACCAGAAACUGUUCGAGUAAAAUUUCUUGUGGUUUUGUCAAAAGAUGUCAUGUCAAGAUUUAGAACUAGGAAUAAUGCAUUUGUCAUUACACCAGAAAGGAAUGUCUCCAGCCAUGCUUUCUGUGACAAGCUGCCACUGUGUAAGCAAUCGUUUCUCCAGCCAUUUAUGCUGCCAUGCCAUGACUGCAGUUGUUAGAAGUAUAUAACUAAAAGCAAGACCAAAGUUGAAGUAAUUGGAAACUUUUAUAUCAUCAUAUGCCCAGUGUGUAGCAAAACAUUUUUUUACACAAAUAAAAAUCAGCUGAGGGAGAAUUACCUUACAGCAAAACUAGCCAAGAAAUAUAUGCACAGACAUGGCUUUCUGAGGUGGAGAUUUGACCAUGGGGAGAGACCAGACUACUGUGAAACCUACAGGGAGAGAAGAGUGGCAACCAAAAGAUGUAGAACAUGUGGAAAUAGCUAUUAUAAUGAAUGUCUGCAUUUAAAUCAUAGUGAGAAUGGUGCUCAAGACCACAUUUUCACCAAAGCACAUCAAGAAGAUCAUGAACAGUGGUGCUGCUUACUGUACAGCAACCCAAACCUCUCUGAAUACUGCCUGGACGACCACGAACGGAUCUGUGGGGUCUGCAAGAACUCAGUGCACAAUCAGCACAAGAGUAUUCCAUGGGCAGUCGCGUGUUCAAGACAGGUUACUUCCCUCUUUGAUACAAUUGCAAAAUUUAGCAAAGUACGUUAAGGAGUUGACAAUGAUCUAAUGGAAGUUAUCCUGUUAAAAAAUAAUUUCAAGACCUAUAAGGACACCAAAAGAAAGGAGAUCAGAAAUGGAUUCUUAAAAUUACAUAUGGUUCUUCAUGAACAAGAAAAGGAGAUGAUGGAGUUGCUUGAAAACAUUGAACUUAAAGAACAGAAAGAAAUUUCAGAAAACAUAAAAUAUACAUCCAGUCAGCUAUCAUAUAUGGAUGGCCUUAUUCUUUACUUUAAAGAGGCUCUUAAGGAGGAAAGUCAAGCUGUGUUUCUGCAAUAAGCACACUGAUUAGUGAAAGAAAUAGAAAAUGCAGUUCCAUUCAUUUUUCAACCUAGUCCGCAUCUAAAAGAAGAUCCCUUAAGGAAACAUCAACUCAACUUCAAUGAAAUUUUCUCUGUUUUACAGGGACUUCCACCCCUUAGUGGAAUAAAGCAGUCAGAAAGUAAAGCAGAAAAAUAUCCCUAUUCUUUUAAGCCAGAGAUAAUGGUUCCAAGGCAUGUUUCAAGUUCUUGCAAAUCCAAGCAAGCAACAUUGUUCCAAAGCCCAUCUUUAAAUUCCUUGUUUGAUUUAGCUGUGCUGUCUACAGACACUGUCAGAAGACCAAGCUCUACACCUCCCCAUGAUCCUACACAGACUAAUGAAGUGUGUGUAUACCAGUAUACAGCUUGUGAAACUCCAAGAAAACAAAGAAAAAUACAGAUUGUUAACUUUUCAAGUCCAGAACCUAUAGACAACGAAUCGGUUCCAGUCCCAGAAACUGUUGUUAUAUACCAGACUAUUGUUUACUCAAGGUCUGCCAAGAUUGACUGGACAUGUCCCACAGAAGAUGUGGACUUCUUUGAGGCAGAGUUUUAUGAAGUUGCUGGUAUUGGUCCUGAUAACUUUGUCCAGACAAAACUGGCUGGCCAGCUAAGCAAAAUGUAGCAGCAGAACCUUGAGAUACAUAACCUGGAUCCAAAUACAGAAUAUCUUUUUAAAGUCCAUGUUGUCAAUGCAAGUGGUCGAGGAGAAUGGAGUGAGAUCUGUAAGAUGAUCACUUCAGAUGAAUACAGGAAAAAUCAAAGGCAG